CUUUUGAUAUGACAACUAGCUGCCCUUUCCCCACCUGAACAACCCUUCCAAAGCUCUAGCCAUGCUUUAGAGCUGGCGAGGACACUACACACCCACUCAGAGAGAGAGAGUGAGGGAGAGAGAGAGAGAGGAGGGUGGACCAAAACAGCAAUACUCAUGGCAACCUCAGGGGAGAGCAGGUGCACCUCCCUUGUGUGCUCUUGUUAUGCACCAGUUAAGUAUCACAGUAGCAAGAGCAUUGAGGGAAGAGAUGGCACAAAGGGCAGUAAGGGUAUAAGUGGGAAGAGAGCUGGUCAUGCCGGUGUCAAAGGUGUGUCUCAUAAGCCAUGCGUACAACCACAUCCUGUUCCUCUGAAGAGCAACCUUAAGAAACCAAAUAGGGUGGGAGAACAGCAGCAGCAGCAGCAGCAGGAGGUGGUGGUGAUGAUGAGGGAGGGAAGGAGGAAGGUGAGCUGGUCUGAUGCCCAUGGCAGAGACCUUGCCCAUGUUCAGGAGUUUUACUCAAGUGAGCUGGAUGAGGGGGAGUUUAAAGUAGUAGGAGGGUCUUGCAUUUGUGUCAUUCAGUGAAGAAGGUGGUCAGAAGAGCUUGGCCAUCAAAAGGAAGAGUGCAACACAUCUAAACUGUCCGGUGGCAAAGAGAAGCAUUAUUCCCUUGCCAAUAGAAAUUCUGAACAUAACAAGCCUCUGACAGACAGAUGAGAAAAAAUAGGUAAAGAUAGGCCUCCUUGAUAAUUGUGCUUCAAGCUAGUGUAAAGGAUGGUUUCUGGCUUACUUGUAUAUAAU